AUGAUUCCAGGUCCUCAUUACGAUUUCUACACUGACAAAAAACUCAGCUUGGUCUUGGCUCCAUUUUCCGGCGGUCAAGGAAGAUCUGGUGUGGAAGACGGCCCCAAAUACAUGCUUAAGCACGGUCUAUCAAGCCAGCUGCAAGAUUUGGGAUGGAAAGUGGGCAUUCGUGAACCGCUAGCAGGCGUGGACUACGAAAAACGUAACGAACAGGACAAAGACGACGUUUUUCAAAACCUAAAAAGACCACAAUUGGUAGGAGAAGUCACGCAAAAGAUCCACAACAGUGUGCGUGAGGCUCUGGACAACGGCGAAAUGCCAAUCACUUUGGGUGGAGACCAUUCCAUUGCCAUCGGCACCGUUUCUGGCGUGUUUGAAAAGCACCCAGACGCCUGUUUGCUGUGGAUCGACGCCCACGCAGAUAUCAACACGCCAUCGACCACGGAUUCCGGCAACUUGCACGGGUGUCCCGUGUCGUUUCUGAUGGGUUUGGACUCCGAGAACACUCCUCCUUCGCUCAAAUGGGUGCCAAACUGCGUCAAACCCAACAAGAUCGCUUACAUCGGCCUCAGAGACGUGGACGAAGGCGAAAGAAAAAUCUUGAAAGAACACAACAUCAAGGCCUACUCCAUGUACCAUGUGGACCGCUACGGCAUUAACGGUGUUAUCGAAAUGGCACUACAGGCCAUCAACCCUGACGGCAGCAGCCCAAUCCAUCUCUCCUACGAUGUGGACGCUGUGGACCCCAUGUACGUUCCUGCCACUGGCACCCCGGUGAGAGGCGGUUUAACGUUGAGAGAGAGUUUGUUUCUAACCGAAAGAAUAGCAGAAACCGGUAGACUUGUUGCCCUCGACGUGGUGGAGUGCAACCCUGCUCUUGCCGCACACGACAGUCACGUUCUCGACACCAUUUCUGCCGGUUGUGCCAUUGCCAGAUGCGCACUUGGCGAAACUCUAUUGUAA